CCCCAGCCCCCCAAGCCUCACCGCCAUGGAACAGGACUUCGGCCACUUCGACGAGCGGGACAAGUCAUCCCGGACGACCCGGGGGCCGCGUGCCAAUGGCCUGCCGAGCCCCACCCACAGCGCACACUGCAGCUUCUACCGCACGCGCACACUGCAGGCUCUGACCAAUGAGAAGAAGGCCAAGAAGGUGCGCUUCUACCGCAACGGUGACCGCUACUUCAAGGGCAUCGUCUACGCCGUGGCCUCCGACCGCUUCCGCACAUUCGACGCACUGCUGGCUGACCUGACGCGCUCGCUCUCUGACCACAUCAACCUGCCGCAGGGUGUGCGCUUCAUCUUCACCAUCGAUGGCUUGCGCAAGAUCACCUCCCUGGAGGAGCUGGAGGAAGGGGAGAGCUAUGUCUGCGCCUCUGAGAACUACUACAAGAAGGUGGACUACACGAAGAACGUCAACCCCAACUGGUCAGUGAACGUAAAAGCCCAGGCCAACCAGAAGGGCCUGCAGUCUCUGGCCAGUGGGAAGGCCACCAGUGAGCCCAAGGAGAGCAAGGACUUCGUGCGGCCCAAGCUGGUGACGGUGAUGCGCAGCGGCUCAAAGCCGCGCAAGGCAGUCCGGGUGCUGCUCAACAAGAAGACGGCGCACUCCUUUGAGCAGGUGCUGACCGACAUCACCGAGGCCAUCAAGCUAGAGAGUGGCGUGGUCAAGAGGAUCUACACGCUCGACGGCAAGCAGGUCACAUGUCUUCAAGACUUCUUUGGAGAUGACGAUGUCUUCAUUGCCUGUGGCCCCGAGAAGUUCCGCUACGCCCAAGAUGACUUCUCUCUGGAUGAGAAUGCACACUUUCCCUCUGGAGCCAAAUCCAAGUCUGCCCAGGGUGGGAGUCAAGGCAGUAGACUGGAAGCAGCACGGAAAUACUACAGAGCAGCAAAGACGACUCCCAAAGGCAGCUCCCAGAAGAGCUCGACCAAGAGCCCGGGAGCCGUCCGCCGCAGCAAGUCCCCCGCCGAAUCGACUAAUGGCACCGCAUCCAGCAGCCAGCUCUCCACCCCCAUCUCCAAGCAGUCUCCUAUCUCCACCCCCACCAGCCCAGGCAGCCUCCGCAAGCACAAGGACCUGUACCUGCCACUGUCCCUGGAUGACUCCGACUCGCUGGGGGAAUCCAUGUAGACCCCAUGUCUCCCCCAUUCUACACCCCACCCCCACACACACAUACACACACCCUGCCCACUCUCCACCCCGCCCCACCCCCCCAUCUCUGAGCCCAGACGUCCAGCUGCAGGUAUCUAUGGUGCUCACAGCGUCCGCCUCAGGCAUCCUAUGGACCUCUCUCUCUCUCCGAGCGAUCCCACCUUCCGUGCCACACACUCCGACUACCUGCCCUCAGCGGCGUGGCUGCUAGAGACCCUGCCCCCCACCUGAUGUGUCACCACUUCCUUUUGCAUCUGGUUUCUCCACUUUUGUUUGGUAGCCGGCCCACACGUUGGUGCCGCUGUUUAACACAACCGAUCCAUUCAUUCCACACGUGAAAUUGCAGAUUGUUCAGAUUUAAAUGGUUGUAAACAGAAGAUGCUUGAUCAAUUAGACUGUGUUGCCUGUGUGUGGGUGUAUGUAUAUGCGUAUAUAGAUGCACACACACAAACACACACUCUUUAAAGAAAUAUCUUCAGCCCUAACAAAGUCUUUGUCAUAUAUUAUUGGGGUGGUCACUAAUGUAAAGACCAGUUUGAUCUACUUUAAGUAGCAACAUGACAUCACUUGGAAGUAGGCAUUUGACUUCAGAAACAGCUUCAUCAGCAUUUUCUCCUGUGUUUUUUACACUUCUUCCAUGGUCCUCACAAGUGGUUAAAGUAUAGCCAGAAAAAUGAAACAAAUCUACAGGACCAGGAAGGUAAAAGAAAGAUUGCUUCCCUAAUCUGUAAAUAUGAUUAACUCUUUUCCACACACACACACUCCAGAGCACACACAGUCUCAUGCAUACACUCUUAUAAAAAAUAGUCAUCUCUUAGGUGCCCAGGGACUGUACUCUGUCCCCGAGUGGAUCUUUUAUUGGACCUAGCUGAGAGCUUUAAAGCACCCUUACAAUAUUUCCCAGGAACCACCAUGUCGAGGGCCUCUGUUAUGCUCAUCCAGGAAGAACAGGCAUUGGUGCUCUGCCACAGUGGCUCCACAGUGAAGCACAAUGGUCCGCAAGAAGAUCCCACAGGUCAAUCAAGUUAUCAGUCAAAAUGUUCUAUAUACCACUGUAUGUACUGUAUACAGGAAUGGCUGAUUGUAAUGAUUUGACUGGGAAAUGCAGUAUUUAUUUGUAGCUGUUUAUCUGGCAAAUGUGGUCUUCAUAGGGGGAAGGUGAUACCCACCAACUUAACACCAUCUGCUCGUAGUGUAUGGUACUUCCAUGAGGUAGGUGGUGAACAGGACAAAAUAUAGAACACGUUUAUUGAAUCUUAACUAUAAAAAUGUGUUACUCUUCUCCUAUCAGGUGUUACUGUAUAAUGAACACAGUGUUUAACUGAUUUGUAAUUUGUUGUUUACACCAAACUAAUUUGAAUAACCUUAGAAAUGGUUUCUGGAAAACAGCAAAUCAGAGUGAUUUCUGAGCACCCAAAGCUGAUUCAGAGAAAAAAAGCCCAAACUCAUCACCAAACCUGUUAAAAAUUCUUCAUAUAUAAAGUCAGCUGUCAGGGGCCUUCAACAUAAUGUUAUCACAAUGUAACUGUUAACACUAUAUAAAAUGCUUCACUUGUUCAUACAGAUUGAUCUUGGGCUUAAGGUAAAUUAAAUGGCUGUAAAAAAAUUAGAAUGGCCAUACUGUCCAUUGAACUGAGAGGAGGGGGCAAACCCAAAUGGGCUGUUAUUGGCAGUUAUGAAAUUGAUCUGUGGUUUGUGCCAGUCAUCUGACACCUACAGUCUGCAUCUAAGAAGGCCAAAUAAAAUAAGAACUCUGCUCUUCAAACACUUUCACAGCUGUGUUUGACUAGCAUUUACUGAAUGGUGUGAGACCACACAGAAAAAAAUAUGAAUAUGAAUCACAGUUGAGAGCAUAUGUAAUUGUGCAACAAUUUAUAGAAUAGCAGUUGUAAGAGGCAUAUUUAGAAAAACUAUAUCAGGGUUUGCAGGGAAAGGACCCAGGUGCAGACAAAACAGGCAGUUUGAGAAGAUAUCCUUUAAUGACGGGUCCAAAACACACAGGCAAAAAUCUUAGUCAAAAGAACAGUCCAAAUAAAUAGCCACACAAAUCCACAGAAAAAAAACUGCAUCAAAAACAGCAGGCGAAAGAGUAAAUCAGGGACAGGCAGUCAAAAAACAAAUGACCAACCAAAUCUAAAUUGUAUUUUAAUGAUCUUGAAUCACUUCUGUGCCAGGUUUAAAAGAUGAAUUAUAUGUACACAGGUAAACCAUAGCCAAAGGUGUGAGAGGGAUUAGGAAGCCUCAUACAGCACUUAAAAAAAUGUUUAAAAUGGACAAAAAGUUGGGUGAAAGAAUAGAUCUGUUUUUUUCUGGCUUGCUUAUCAGUCACCACCUGUCCAAUAAAAAAGCUACAUGCUGAGUCUUUCAGCAACACCCACUCCACCAUUCACAGAAAACUCAGUGAAAUCCACAUGAUGUACUGUACCUUCUAAGGUGCUCUUUGGGGGAAAGCUUCACUUAAAAAAUGAUUUGACAGUUGACAGUUUUCAAUCUUUUUUUACGAUGCCUGUUCCAUAUUUUUUUCUUACUUUUUGUAUGACUUGGUGUUUAAAAUAUACUUCCUUAUCGAGUAACCAGCACCGUACAAAUUGGGGGGCCGAACCCUUGCCUCCAGAUUUUUUUUAAAGAUCUUUUGAUACAGUAAAUAGAAACACAAGCCUUCAUUUUUAUUGAUGGCAGUGAUUUGCAGCAGUUUUUUUAUGUCUUAAAUUUAAAAAUAAUGACUUCAGUACACUAUGGGUUAUCAGAAGAUAAUUGCUUAGAAAUUAUUUGGUGGGAUUCCAGGAAAUCAAAGCGACAGGUCAUUGUUCUUUACCUGUUCACUUAAUCAGUACUCUUCUGGCUGAAUUACAGGCAUUUUUUACAACAGAUUUCCUCUUAAAUACUCUCUGCUCUAUCACACUUUGCCUCAGAUCUCUCCAUAAAUACUGCCUGCUCUGUUAAAUUUCACCUACAAUUUCUUCAUAAAUACUCUGUUUUGUGAAAAUUCACCUCAGAAUGCUCCAUUGAAAUUCACCUGCGAUUUCUUCAUACAUACUCCCUUCUCUGUGAAAUUUCAGACUUCCUCUUAAAUAUUCUCCUCAGUCAAGUUUAACCACAGGCAUCAUAAAUGCUACCUGCUCUGUUAAAUAUCACCAGAUUUCCUCUUAAAUACUCUCUGCUCCAUUCCAUUUUGCCGCAAGCGUCAUCUUAAAUACUGUGCUGUUGAAUAUCACCACAGAUGUUUUCUUAAACACUCUGC